AUGGAUUUUGCCACUUGUCAAAAGCUUCUUGCCAUUUAUCUCUUCCCUUCUAGAAGGCUUGCCACAUGUUCUUGGUUUCUUCUGCCGGGAGCGGUUCCAUUUCCAUCUGAUGUUCCUCGGUUGAAGCAGCUUGGAGUUGGUGGAGAACUAUCAUCUUUUGUUCGCUUUUUCCUUUAUAAUGGUAAGUGUCUAGACCAGUUUGUGCGCCGCCUGACUGUUCUAUUCGGAUACCCGAGAAUGCAUGUAAUGGCCAGAUUACUUAAGUGCAUUGCAAAGCGGGAAUUAAGGGGAAGGAGCACAACCGUUGUGGAAUAUAAACACAUGACUCCUGCUGCUGCACUGGUCUAUGUUCGCUCCAGAAGUCCUCUUGAGUGUUAUUGGCUCCUUCUCAGUGGAAGGUUUAAGCGAAUAUCUGAUAAAAGUACAAACAGGGUUGGCCAAAGCGAGCAUUACAGAAGCGACUCGACGCGAGUGGGUGGGCGCUUCAGAGAGUGUGAAGCAUAG